GUCCCAGUAUGCAUUGUUAUGAUGUCCGCCAUUAGUCACUGGGCUAAACAUUCAUAGUAGUCUGGAUAUCUUGUUUUAUGAAUAUUUUCUACAUUUUUAAUUAUAUCGUAUUCAAAAUGUAAGGAAUUUAGAGAAUUUUUACAUACUUUUCAUUUUUUUCAUUGUUGAUUGAUAUGGAGGUGAGUUUAUUCGGUUUUUAAAUCUUAUUUCCUGGAACUAAAUCUGCGAUUUGUUUCUGGCCUGCUUUUUUUUUUUUUUUUUUUUGGUUCUCCAAUUGCAUUCGCAAGCAUGGCAAGUAAAAAACAUAACGACAUUCAAGUAUCUAAUAGUAGUAUUCACACAGAAGCUUUAAAGACACAUUCUACGAAUAUUAAUUCUUCAAAAAUGGAGUCUGUCAAUAUAACUAACGUCACUAACGAGAAUGACCGUAAUUCUAAUUUGAGUCCUUCGAAAUCUGCUGAUCCAGCCCGAAAGAAAACAUUUAAAAUAAUAAGUGUAAAAAAAGGUGGGAGUGGCAGUGGAGACUUAGCAGGUGACAAUGAUGGAGACAGCAUUGAUGGAUUGGAUGAGAGUCAGACUGAAGAUCUUAGUUCUGAGUUUUAUGAUAGUUCUAAAGCUACAGACCUUGAUAUGGAUUUCCAAGAUAAUUUAAUGCCUCUGACACCUGAUGAAGUAACAAGCUCAACAACCAUUGUUGUAAAAACAAAACCUGAUCGCGAUGCCCAGUCUCGCUUCAAAGUUGUUAAGAUUGAAACUAAAGAGCCAUUUCGACGUGGGAAAUGGAUUUGUUAUGAUUUUUUUGAUACUGCUCCUGCUUCCUUAGUUGCAGUGGAGAAAAAUGGUUCCAGAAUAACAGAUGAAAGUAUUAUAACUUCUGCACUCUCUGGGAACUUAAGUUCUUCGAGUUCUGUCCACUAUCUACAUGAUGUAAAUGAUUCUUCCAGUAAUAUAUAUGUUUCACCUUUUGUACCUAUUAGUCCUGCUGGAACAGAUGGACAGGUUUUUCCUGAUGUUUUUGUUCCAAUUCAGCCUGCUCCAGCUAGUCAAGUAUUAAAUCAGUAUGAUGGUAUUUCAUCAGCUGAAGCUGUUGCCCCAUUUAUUGCUCAGCAGGUUUUUAUGUCUAUGGCGGGAGUACCAACAUCCAGUACUUCUUUCUACAGCCUUGCACAGCCUGGUCACAUGGCUAUUAUUCAGAGUUUGCCAACUACUAAUGUAUUUCCAUAUAAUGCUCAGAAUGGCCCAUUACCUACUCUUUAUCAAAAUGGAAUUUCUGGGCCAGCAACUUUGCCAGAUUCUCUUAUUGUUUCAAGUGGUACCAUCCCUUCAGUGAUUCCACCUGGUAUAACAUCAGUGCCUCCAGUAGCUGUAGCUGAUGUUCCUGUCGUUAACCCAGAACAAAGUCAGGGAUUUGUGGUGGUUGGAGGUGUAACUGUCCCUCAUUCUCAGAGUCAAACACAAAUUUCUGGUGUACCAUUGGUUUCUCAAAUAUUACCACCAGUGAAUGAAAGUUUGCAGGCUGGGGCUUCUGGACUGGUUAAUGCAGCAAGUAUCCCUCCAUCAGGUACCACAGAUGUAAUGACAACCAGUGGCACUCUGGAAGUAGAACAAAUGGGUUCUGGAAUGGAUGAAAGUACAGGAAGUAUAAAGACUCUCCAAGGAGAUCCAGAAGAUCAUCCACCUCAAGGAUUAGAAGAAGCAGUCGAGACCAUGUACAAAGGAUUGGAAGGUGUUGAAGAUGAGGUUGAUGAAAGGAGAACACACAGGCCAAGGACAUGUCCUUCUAACAUAAGACCAAGUGCACUUCCAAACAUUUUGUCUUCCAAAAAAAUUGGCUCACCUUCUUUUGGAAGGCAGAAUUCACAGCACGGUUCUCGCAACUCGGAGUCCCCUUCAUUUAACUGGCCAAGUGCUAUACCAUCCCAUUUAGAUUCCAGAAACUUGGAUUCUCCCACCUUUAAUUGGCAAGGCUCUUUGACCCACCCUCAUGAGCCGCAUAGCUUGGAUUCUCCGUCUCAUAUGUGGCCCAAUGUCAUUCCCAGUUACCUUAACAGGCGCAACUUAGAUUCUCCCUGUAAUUUUUAUUUUACACCUGUAGGAGCAAGGUCUCUUUGCUCAUCCCCUGUACCACCUUCAUUUAUUGAGCACUUUGAUCCCAAUUAUUCAAUGACACCCGGUAUGUUCCCACCAUCUUCAACAUCCUAUUUUCCUUACAUAGAUCCUAAUUCUCAAACAGGUUUUUCCCAUUCUUCGGCUUUUGUACCUUUAAAUCAUAAUGGUUCCUCUAGCAUCAGUAAUUUAACUUUGCCAUCUGGGGUAUUACCUGAUCCUAAGCCGAUGUCCUUUGAUCAUCCUGUUGUCCAAUUACCUACUGUAAAGAUAGAUACUCCUGAGUCUCGAUCCUCUCCGCAACCCUCUUUGUCCUCACCAACGCCCCAAAAUAACUUAAACCCUGACAGAACAGCUUUCAAGUCUGCUGGAGCGAGUCAUGGGAACAGGGCUGUUGUGGAAAAAGAGGACAAGAUAAACGAACUCCUUGUCUCUGCCGUCCUCCCGUUGAAAGAGCACCCUGCAGAAGAUGGUGGUGGUAGUACGGUGGCCAUCGACAAUAAGAUAGAACAAGCUAUGGACUUAGUGAAGCGGCAUUUAAUGUAUGCAGUACGAGAAGAAGUGGAAAUAUUGAAACAACAGAUAGGUGAAAUGAUGGAGCGCAUCGGACAGCUUGAAUAUGAAAACACUGUUCUUAAGGCAGAGGCUAAGCCUGAAACAUUAAACAAACUUCUCCAACCCCGUGCACCAACUGCAGCCCCUCUCACUGCUCCAGUCAGUGUUAUGUCAACUCAGUCCCAACAACAGACAAAUACCAUGCAAAGUGCUGCCCCUCAAUCACAGACCCAGGUUCAAAUUCAAACACCUGCUUCAGCACCAGCUGUGGUGGUUCAGCAACAAUCUGCACAACAAGCACAGUUACCCCAGUCUCAAGCUAGUCAACCUUCACUGCAAGCUCCUCACCCACCAACAUGAAACAUAGUUUGGAUUAGCAUACACAAAGAAGAUAGUUAAAUCAGCUUAUUGUUGCUAAUGAAAUUCAUUGCUUUAAUACUCUGCUGAUGCCUCUUACUGGCCAUGUCCAAGUAGCCCUCGUCUGGCCAGCUGACCCCAUUUGGCACAAGAUCAGGAUGUUUCUUAUUGAAAUAUUUUUAUUUGUUUACAUGAACAAAUCUAUACAUAUAUAUUCAUUAGUUUUAUUUGCUGUUGACAUCUGGCUUAUUACAAAUAGAACAAAACCAAUCAUAAUAAAACAUAAUUUUACAACACUGGAACUAGUCCUAAUCAACUGCUAUAUUGCAGCAAUAUUGACUGUGAAAACUGUUCAAGCAAGAGCCAGAGAAAGUAUCCAUGUAUACUAAGGAACCAUAUGGACUGUAGAAUUCCUCACCAUUGCUCUUAAGCUAAAUAAUAUUAUACCAAGGAAUUCUGAUGAACUUUCCAGUGUUCAUGUCACUUCCAUAUUGUUGUGUAUCUUGCAUAAUCCAAAUAUUACACACUAAAGACAACAAAAUGUUAGAAACCAAAAAGUUUACUGUUAUGUUGUUUUUUUUUAAACUUUGUUUGCAUACUUCCUCCCCAUAGCUUACAUUAAGGUUAAUGGUUGUGAUCAAAUUGUCUAGGUCUUUUUUUUUUUUUUGUAUGUAUUUGCAUUCAUUGUAUAUACUGGUAACAAUAGAGUUUAAAAAAAAAAAUAGACCUGGUAUUUCUUUUAGUUUGGCAUUAGACUUUAUAACAUUGAGUCUUCUUGUACACUUGUUUUUCACACCAAAUGUCUAUAACAAGUGUUAUAGUGACUUGAAUGGCUUCAUUCUGAUGUGUUGCUAUUUCUUUAUCUAAGAAGACCAGCUAAAGGUCAACUCAUUUGUCAUAAUACUGCAGAAGGAAUUGUUGCUCAAAAGAACACACACACACUUUCAUAUGGCAUGGUUUCUUGUUUUUUAUGUACAUGCAGAUGUUAAUUAUGAUCUUACCCUCAAGAUUGGUCCUAAACUCAUUACUGUUGCCAUGAACUAUUUUAUGUUUGUUUUAAUGAAACACUAUGUUGUUGUUGAUUGGUCGAGUGUACAUAGAUCAUUUGUAGAAAUCGCCUUCAUGAGAAAAAUGUGUGUGUGUUUGUAUUAGUUGUUAUAUUGUGUUUUUAAGCAUAUACAUUUCAGUAAAACAAAGGAAUGACUACAUAGUAAGCUAGUCAGUGCUUCCACUAUGUGUCAUGCAGUUUAGGUUUAAAGAUCAAUCCUAUACUAGCACAUGUGAUGACAGUGUUGCUGUCCAAAUAAAAUAGUGUGAAAAGGAAAUUCUUCAACCAAACAGAUAUAAAACACAUUUCUUUAGUAGAGGUAGAUAAUAGUCAACAAUAAUUUUAUUGUAAAUUGGAGUUAGAUUUAGAGCUUAUACAGUGAUGAAAGAGGAUGCAGUGCAAUGUCAAUGUUGGGACAGUGUGAUAAUGUGAUUGUCCAAAGUUGUCCAGGUCACUAGUUCUGAUAUUUCAUGUAAUGGUAUGUUAUAUUAUAUGGUUCUUUAAUUCAGUGAUGUUUAUUCAUGCACAUUGUAAAAAAAAAAAAAAAGGAUGAUUAAUUAAAUAAAAUUCACUAAAACAUUAA